UACAGUGAGAGGCUGAAAGUAAUCUACAGAAAUGUUAUUCUGGAUAAAAUUAUAUUCUUUGUUGGCGAUAUAAAAUGAAACAGCUUCUUGAAAAAUAAAGCAUCUAUUGGAAAAAAGGAUUUUUUUAAUAUCAGCUUAAUUGAAACAAAUGGUGUUUGUGUAGACGGCAGUACAUAAAAGCCUGUAGAGAAAACCAUGAGAACGUGGAAUUUGUUGCUUUCAACGAUAUCUCUCAUUUUGUUAAUUCCAGCCGAUUGCUCAUUGAGUGUGACCAGCUACCAGUUGAUGACCGAUGCCUCGUAUGGAGCGUCCAGUCUGGGACCGUCCUGGACAUCUGGCACCGCCUUGGCCUGUGUCAGGACGUGUCUGCUGCUGUAUGGCGCGUGUUACAGCUUUGUUUACAACUCAGGGCAGUGUACGCCAGGUUCCAAAUUAACGUACGGCACUAGCAGACCGGCAUCCGGCGGGAAGUUCUACUACACAGACUACUGCGACACGACACGAGGGUACCGCCUGUACGUAUACAAGAGCGUCGUCCAGUGCCUCUACGUCACCAAUACUUCUGGAACUUUCGACCAGGGCAGGGUGGACUGCGCUGCUAGAGACGGUCGUGUGAUGAUGGCUAAAACAAUUGACAAGUUCAACCUGUUUUUGUCGAUUGCCAAAAAUGUCUUCAAGACGUUCACGUUCCUCGGUCUGUCGGAUCUGGUGACCGAGGGCACUUUUCUCUGGGAGGACGGGGAACCGUUGAACGACACGUAUAAAACUCAGAUCUUUUUGCCAGGCGAGCCUAACGCAGACACCAGCCUAUCCGACUGCUCCAUAGCGUCGGCGUUCGGCAACUUUGCUGGUCUGUUUGAUGGACGCUGUGACCUUGGGGCCAACCCCUCCCCCCGUUAUUACAUAUGUGAACCAUUAAUAAACUAAA